UGCUUGCGAGGCUUUCAUUGGCUCAAUGAGCGCUGAGCAAUCAUUGGCUGCGGUGGGUAGUCAGGGCGACUAGGGGAAAAGAAAACGGGGUGCUGGGCCUGGCUGCCUAACAGAGGCUACCGGGUGGCUGGACUGCUCCGCGAGGGUGAUCCGCGGGAGUGGUGUCCCGGAGUGCUGCGGGGCCUGGGCGUCCAGGAGUCACACUACACUCCAGGAGGUACCUGAGCGAGUGUGCCGCCCGGCAAGACCCGCAGGCCAGCAUCAUGGGCUGCUUUUUCUCUAAGGAGCGGAAGACUGAGAAGGAGUCGCGGCGGGAGAACGAGGAAGAGCGGCCCAAGAAGUAUAGCUGGGACCAGCGUGAAAAGAAAUUUUAUUUUCCACAGAUGGUUGGUAAAGGCUUUUUCCUAAUUCAGACAAAAGAAGUGUCCAUGAAAGCUGAGGAUGCAACAAGGGUUUUUCAGAACAAAGCACCUGACUACCUUCCCCUUCUAAGUAAAGGUCCUGUGAUCGCCUUGGAGUUCAAUGGAGAUGGUGUUGUGGAAGAAUGUCAGCUUACUAUAAAUAAGACAUUCAAUGGGACCAAGAUGUUUGUAUCAGAAAACAAGGAGACCGCAUCUGAAGAUGUAGACAACUUCUACAACUUUGUUGAUAUACAGAUGGGAAUAUGAACUGCAAAUGUGGAAAGAAGGAUUUGGUAUUAAGUCCUUCCCAACUUUUGUGUGUAAAGUUUGAUAAUAUGCUUUUGUGUAUUAGCAGUGAUUUUUACUAAUGCUAAAACUGUUGUGUUAUUUUUAAAAUAGUUCAAUUAAAUAGUUUUAAUCUACUUAGCAACUAUUUAGCCCACUUCAAUAAGCUUACAGUUUUCUUUCUUUGCUUAUAAUAACUCUUAUUAGAAAAUAGAAGUGACUACCAGUUCAUGAUUUUAAUCCUAAUUAAAUGUUCUUUCAAAUUUCUAAUAAUUUAAACUUUCCAACUUUCCUCAGUGCUCCAUGAUAUUUGUGUGAGAAUACGUUUCAUUGCUUAUUUUAUUUUUUUAAUUUAGAUGGAUUUGUUACUAUUUGAUCAGUUAGAAUGAACCUAUGCACAUUUUUUUCAUGUAUACAUAGCCAGUUAAAUAGUUGCCUCUUAGUUGCAUUAAAUAGCUAAUGAGAUUUUGUACAUUACUUGACAUACUACUUUUUAAAUUGAAUUUUUAAAGAAAUAAGUGGUGUGUGAUUGUAGCCCUAGCUACUCAAGUGGUUCAGGCAGGAGGAUCACUUGAGCCCAGGAGUUUGCAGCCAGCCUGGGCAGCAAAACUAAAAAAAAAAAAAAAACCAACCACAACAACAACAAAAAAAAAAAACAAAGUGAAGAAAUAGGCAUUUGAUAACUAGCUUUGCAAAUAACUCUAA